AUGAUCUCACUACUACAAUGCGCUGACAAAACCAGGGAGCCUUCCAAUCCUGUAACUCCCUCCUUAAAACCCCUCUGCCCACACUCCCCACUCUCUCCACCCACCAAGCCCACAACCAUGGCUGCGCUCCACCGCCUCCUUCUCCUCCUCCUUCCUCUCGUCGGCCUCCUAGUUCUACUCCCACUCCCGAUUGCCGCCUUCGACGACGCCAGUUACCUCCUCGCCGCCAAGGCUGUGCUCUCUGACCCCGCCGGCGCCCUCUCCGUCUGGGAUGCCGGGUCCAGCCAUUCCCUCUGCGCGUGGCCGCACGUGUUGUGCGCCGGAAAAUCCACCGCCGUGGCCGGGCUCUACCUCGUCAAGCUCUCCCUCGCCGGCGGCUUCCCGGCCUCGGUUUGCUCGUUGAGGUCCCUGCAGCACCUCGACCUCUCCCAGAACGACCUAGUGGGCCCUCUGCCCGCCUGCCUCACCGCCCUCCCUGCACUCUUGAACCUCACCCUCGCCGGGAACGGCUUCUCCGGCGAGGUCCCGCCGGCUUACGGCGGCGGCUUCCGGUCGCUCGUCGUGCUCAACCUGGUCCAGAACUCCAUCUCCGGCGAGUUCCCCUGGUUCCUGGCCAAAAUCAGCACCCUCCAGGAGCUCCUGCUCGCCUACAACGCGUUCACGCCGUCGCCGUUGCCGGAGAAGCUCGGCGACCUCGCCGACCUCCGGGAGCUGUUUCUCGCCAACUGCUCCCUGAGCGGUAAAAUCCCUCCUUCCAUCGGAAACCUCGGGAAUCUCGUCAAUCUGGACCUCUCCAUGAACGCCCUCUCCGGCGAGAUACCCAGGAGCAUUGGGAAUUUGAGUUCUCUGGUCCAGAUGGAGCUCUACAAGAACCAGCUCUCCGGGAGGAUACCGGUGGGGCUGGGGGGUCUCAAGAAGCUCCGGUUCUUGGACAUCUCCAUGAACCGGCUAACCGGCGAGAUACCGGAGGACAUUUUCGCCGCGCCAAGCCUGGAGAGCGUGCACAUUUAUCAGAACAACCUGACCGGGCGCUUGCCGGCGUCGCUGGGGGCGGCGACGCGUCUUGCCGAUCUAAGGAUGUUCGGCAACCAGAUCGAGGGGCCGUUCCCGCCGGAGUUCGGGAAGCAUUGCCCCCUCGGGUUCCUGGACAUGUCGGACAACCGUAUGUCGGGACCAAUCCCGGCGACGCUGUGCGCUUCAGGGAAGCUGGCGCAGCUCAUGCUGCUGGACAACCAGUUCGAGGGCGCCAUUCCGGCGGAGUUCGGGCAAUGCCGGACACUGACGAGGGUCCGGCUGCAGAACAACCGCCUCUCCGGGUCCGUGCCGCCGGAAUUCUGGGCGCUUCCUCUUGUCCAGAUGCUCGAGCUUCGUUCCAAUGCUCUGUCCGGCACGGUCGAUCCUGCCAUUGGCGGUGCCAAGAACCUGUUCGACCUGCUCAUACAGGGCAACCGAUUCACCGGCGUUCUGCCAGCCGAGCUGGGGAAUUUGUCCUUGCUGCGAAGGCUUCUUGCAUCAGACAACAACUUCUCCGGUCCGGUGCCGCCGUCGCUCGUCGAGCUUUCUGAGCUAUCCCAGCUCGACCUGAGCAACAAUUCCCUCUCCGGGGAGAUCCCACGGAAGAUUGGACAGCUGAAGCAGCUGACAGUGCUGAACCUUUCGCACAACCACCUCGCCGGGACGAUCCCUCCAGAGCUCGGGGAAAUCCACCGGAUGAACUCGCUGGACUUGUCGGAGAACGAGCUCUCCGGCGAGGUGCCCGUGCAACUGCAGAAUCUCGUGCUCUCUGCUUUCAACCUGUCGUAUAACAAGCUCAGUGGACCUCUGCCUCUCUUCUUCAGUGCCACGUACCAGCAGAGCUUCUUGGGUAACCCCGGCCUGUGCCAUGGGGUAUGCGCAGGCAACGACGACCACGGUGCCAUCCCAGCCGCCAGAGUCCACCUGAUCGUCUCCAUCCUCGCGGCAUCUGCCAUCGUCCUGCUCAUGGGUUUAGCAUGGUUCACUUACAAGUACAGAAGCUACAAGAAGCGUGCCGCUGAAAUCAGUGCUGUCGAGUCAAGUUGGGACCUCACAUCCUUCCACAAGGUGGAGUUCAGUGAGAUGGACAUAGUGAACAGCCUCGACGAGAACAACGUGAUCGGCAAGGGUGCGGCAGGGAAGGUGUACAAGGUGGUUGUUGGGCCUAGCAGUGAGGCCAUGGCUGUCAAGAAGCUCUGGGACAGCGACGUCGAAAGCAAGAAGAAGAGGAACGAUACUUUUGAGGCUGAGGUGGCCACACUGAGCAAUGUCAGGCACAAGAACAUCGUCAAGCUCUUCUGCUGCGUGACCAACGGCACCUGCCGGCUGCUUGUCUACGAGUACAUGCCGAAUGGCAGCCUGGGGGACUUCCUCCACAGUGCCAAAGCCGGCAUCCUGGAUUGGCCAACGAGGUAUAAGAUCGCGGUCCAUGCCGCCGAGGGCCUCUCCUACUUGCACCAUGACUGCGUGCCCUCGAUCGUCCACCGGGACGUGAAGUCGAACAACAUUUUGCUCGAUGCGGAGUUCGGCGCAAAGGUUGCGGACUUUGGUGUUGCAAAGACUAUUGAGAAUGGGCCGGCCACCAUGUCAGUCAUCGCUGGCUCCUGUGGUUACAUUGCUCCUGAGUAUGCCUACACCCUCCAUGUAACCGAGAAGAGCGACGUGUACAGCUUUGGCGUGGUCAUUCUGGAGCUCGUCACCGGCAAGAGGCCCAUGGCGCCAGAGAUCGGCGAGAAGCACCUGGUGGUCUGGGUUUGCGACAAUGUCGAUCAGCAUGGUGCGGAGUCUGUUCUUGAUCACAGGCUUGUUGGCCAGUCCCAUGAUGAGAUGUGCAAGGUUCUGAACAUCGGCCUGCUGUGCGUCAACACCGUCCCGACCAAACGUCCACCGAUGAGGGCUGUGGUGAAGAUGCUGCAAGAGGUUGGGGGACAGAACAAGCCCAAGGCGAAGGAGGAGGUGGCCCCUUCUCUCUGA